UAGAUAAUCAGCAGAUCUCUGGUCAGCAGUUAAUCUACCGUAAUGAGUACUCGUGAAUGAGACUUUAAACGAAACGAGUCUUUAAAGUCUCGUGUCUUAUAUCCAGCGUUUCAAAACAGUGCAAUGAAAGGAAUUGCGACUCCCAUUCCCAUCUCUAGUGUGUGAAUGUGAAAGUUAACACUGCUCCCAUCUCUAGUAUGUGAAUGUGAAAGUUUUAUGUUUGAAGUCUGUAAGGUCUUUAGGGACUGUAUUAAUGUUUACAAAUGUUGUUACGUCAGUGUGACUAGAGGGGCUAGGGCUAGUGAUUAUCAAUCUCAUCACUACUGCUUUGUGAGUCACGUGAUAUAAGUGAUUUUUGUGAUUGUUUAUUGAUGUUUUGAAAGCUAUUUUGGUGUUUAACAACUCGGAGUGUUUUUGAGGUCUUUUCGUAGAACACACACGCUUUUCAAUGCAUUUGGGACUCCCUUUCAAAAUUGACCAAGCACUGGUGACCGAGCAAAGAAAAUGAACCCAGAAACUGAUUUGCAAGCAGAUUAUAAGUCUUGCAAGUCGGAGGAAACUUACCUUUACUGUGUAGCAGAUUAUGAUAGUGUCGAACAUAAACAUUUGGAUGGAGUUAAUGAGGUGAAAAUGGAGAAACCCACAAUGGGUGAGAUUAAAUCGGAAGAACCAGAACCAGAACUGAUAAACAUGGAGAUGGAAAACACGGUGCUGAAUGAUGAGUUUUGCAUCAAAUCUGAAUAUGAUGAAGAUGCCAUAGCUGACUUAAAAUGGGAUCGAAUAAAAGUUGAGCAGAAAUUUGAUCCUGGGAUUGAAGCUGUCUUGAUAGCAGACACAGCUGACCAGAUCAAAAUGGAGUUUCAGGAGUCUGAAAAAGUGGAAGAAAAACUACUUUUGCGCAGUGUAAAUUCUGAAAAUGUGGACGCAUUAGGGCUUAAUGAAGAAAUACACAUCAAAACAGAGUUUGACCAAACUUACGUGAUUGAUUCGGCGUGCGAUAGCGCUCAAAUAGAGAAAAUGCGGGAAAAGGAACAAGAAAAUCCACAGAUAGAAGAAGGAAAACAAUUUGUGCUGAACGUUAAAAAAUACUUGUUAUUCUCAUUUUCGUAUUCAAAUUAAAACAUCACUUAUUACCACCACAUUUACACAACCUAAAAAGUCAUUAGCAUAACUACAAAACUAGAGGCAGUAUAGAUUUCAUCUGCAAAAUUGUAAAAGUAGCAUAACUAGCAAAUCUGUAUUUCAAAAGGCAGUAUUUGAAUUUAAUAAAUUGAAUAAUGAAAUUAAA